GCCUCCCGCCAUUUCCCUCCCAAAUCCACCUUAUAAGCGCGCGCACCCGCCUCGGCAGCUCCGACGCAUUUCCGCCGCCGCCCAGCGCUCCCCCACAGAUCCGCGCGAAACCUUCCUUCCUCCGGCAGACGAUUCCGCAGGCGAGAGGAGAGGAGCCAUGGACGCCGCCAAGUCCGUGACGCCGGGCGCCGUGUCCCACAUCCUGGAGAAGCCGUCGCCGGCCGACGCCGCCACGGUCCCGGAGCUCGUCGUCCAGGUCGUCGACCUCAAGUCCAUCGGCAACCGUUUUGGUUUCAUGGCGAGCGACGGCAAGGACAAGAUCAAGGCGAUGCUCCCCACCCAAUUCGCGGCGGAGGUUCGCUCCGGCAACCUGCAGAACCUCGGCCUCAUCCGCAUCCUCGAUUACACCUGCAACGCCGUCGGCGGCAACAACGACAACAAGGCCUUGAUUAUCACCAAAUGCGAGGUUGUGUCUCAAGCGCUCGACGCCGAGAUCAAGAGCGAGGCCAAGAAAGAAGAGGAGCCUGCGAUUGUCAUCAAGCCCAAGGACGAAGAAAUGGUUUUGUCCAAGCCCGUAAAUGCUCCCCCGGUCGUGCUGAAGCCGAAGCUGGAGGUGAAAUCCGCGUCCCAGAUCGUGAACGAGCAGCGUGGAAAUGCUGCUCCAGCGGCGCGCCUGUCCAUGACAAGGAGGGUCCAUCCUUUGAUCUCUCUCAACCCCUACCAGGGUAACUGGGUCAUCAAGGUGCGGGUUACGAGCAAAGGCAACCUGAGAACCUACAAGAAUGCCCGUGGAGAAGGCUGUGUCUUCAAUGUAGAGCUCACUGAUGAGGAUGGCACCCAGAUCCAGGCCACCAUGUUCAAUGAGGCUGCAAAGAAGUUCUACCCAAUGUUUGAGCUGGGGAAGGUCUACUAUGUCUCCAAGGGAUCACUUAGGAUUGCCAACAAGCAGUUCAAGACUGUCCAGAAUGAUUAUGAGAUGACGCUGAAUGAGAGUGCUGUUGUUGAAGAAGCAGAGGGGGAAACUUUCAUUCCACCGGUGCAAUACAAUUUUGUCAAGAUUGAUCAACUAGGAUCAUAUGUCAAUGGCAGGGAGCUUGUAGAUAUUGUUGGUGUUGUUCAGAGCGUAUCACCCACAAUGAGUAUUAGGAGAAAGCUUGACAAUGAGACAAUCCCAAAGCGUGACAUUGUUGUUGCAGAUGACUCGGGCAAAACUGUUAGUAUUUCACUUUGGAAUGAUCUUGCUACUACCACUGGCCAAGAACUCUUGGACAUGGUUGACAGUUCGCCCAUCAUUGCGAUAAGGAGCUUAAGAGUGUCUGACUUCCAAGGUGUGUCCCUUUCAACUGUAGGCAAAAGUACUCUUAUGGUUAAUCCAGACCUUCCUGAAGUGCACAAUCUUAAAUCAUGGUAUGACAAUGAAGGCAAGGGUACUUCAAUGGCACCGAUUGGUGCAGACAUGGGUGCAGCACGGGCUGGUGGCUUGAGAUCCAUGUAUUCUGAUAGAGUUUUUCUGUCUCACAUCACCAGUGAUCCCAACAUGGGUCAGGAAAAGCCUGUUUUCUUCAGUUUGAAUGCUAUCAUAAGCCACAUCAAGCCUGAUCAGAACAUGUGGUACCGUGCUUGCAAGACCUGCAACAAGAAGGUGACUGAAGCUGUUGGAGGUGGAUACUGGUGUGAAGGAUGCAAUAAGAAUGAUGCUGAGUGCUCACUGAGAUACAUCAUGGUCAUCAAGGUUUCUGAUCCCACUGGUGAGGCAUGGGUUUCUGUCUUCAACGAGCAUGCAGAGAGGAUCAUUGGCUGCAGCGCUGAUGAGCUUGAUCGGAUCAGGAAAGAGGAGGGCGACGACAGCUACAUUCAGAAGCUCAAGGAAGCCACAUGGGUUCCCCAUCUGUUCCGCGUCAGCGUGGCGCAGCAUGAGUACAUGAACGAGAGGAGGCAGAGGAUCACCGUGAGGACAGAGGCGCCGGUUGACUACGCAGCUGAAUCUAAGUACCUGCUCGAGGAGAUCGCGAAGCUUACUGCUUGCUAGAAGAUGUAGUGUAUCUGGUGAAUCGUGGAGGGCUGGCCCUCUUGAUGUUUUCCCACACAAGGCAGGCUUUUGAGAUGUAGUAACUUAAUGUUAUCCUGUGUUAAGUAGGUGCUCACUAGUUUUAGCGCUGAUGUAAGAUAUGUAGGUGUAUGUUUAGCUUGAUUUCAAGCAACAAGAUGCUAAGACAGUUCAGUAUGAAGCCUUUGUAGAAUUCCAUCAUAUCCGCAAUAUUUUGAGCUUGUAGAAUUCCAGUUCGAGUAA